AUGAACUCAUCGUCUGAAGAUCAGGCCGAACAAUCUGAACAAACGACAUCCAAGUACAACAACAACAACAACAAUAUGAAGCAGAGACAUACGACAACAACAAAGUCAUCGCAUUCACAAUCUCAUUCACAGUCUCAUUCACAAUCACAUAAUGCCAACGAUGAUAAGAAUAACAAGAUUGCAAUGACGACAGGUAGUAGUUUGGAAAGAUGGUGUUAUAGACUGUUGGUUGUCAUAAGGAUAGUCGUGUGCUUGACAUCAAUGGGAUAUAUACACCCUGACGAAUACUUCCAGAGUCCAGAGAUCACAUCCCGCGACAUCUUCAACUACAACACAUACAUACCAUGGGAGUUUGAUCCUGUCAAUCCAUGCAGAUCAAUAGUUAUACCUAUGAUCAACUCUGGCAUCCCCUACUUGUUCCUCUCGACACUUCAACAUAUUUUGAACUUGGUUGGAUAUCAGGGAUCGAUCAUCAAUGGAUAUACAUUGCUGUUGAUGCCUAGAUUGUUUGUAUUGGCAUGCUCAUUCAUGUUGGAUGCUUAUACCAUACGCCUGUGCAAGCGAUUCAACGUGCCAUGCAUGAAGGCACUACUCGUGUGUUCGUCAAGCUGGUUGACAUUGGUCUUCCACUCACGUACAUUCUCCAACACGGUCGAGUCCCUGGCUGUGGCCACUCUUCUCACCAUGGUCCUGUUGUACGACGUGUCAAAGAAGCGUAGCACGACCAAUCAAUGCCGGGUCACACUACACAACACACUAUAUGAUGUGGCCAUUGGUGCGCUGGUGGCCUUUGGACUGUUUGCCCGCUUCACCUUCCUCUUCUUUGCCAUGCCCAUCGGUAUAUACUUUGGCAUCAAGCUAUUGCGCAAGCUUCCUUUACUCAAGACCUUGCUCACUUGUGUAAGUGUGGCCGCAGGCUUUGUCCUGGCCUCAUUGAUCUUCAUCAUCAUCGACUCCAUUUACUUUGGAUAUCUUCAUGUGACACUGCCCCCAAGCUCACAAGGCAGCAGCAGUCUGGCGUACCUGGUAGCAGGCACCAAGGUCACGGGCAACUUGACAUUCACGCCCUACAACAGUUUGUUGUACAACUUGGAUCCCGAGAACCUCGCCCUGCACGGCAUCCACAACAGGCUCACACAUCUCUUUGUCAACUUCCCAUUGAUGACAGGACCACUGGCCAUCCUCCUCUUUGUUGAGGCCUAUCAAGUGGCAAUGGCAUGGACAAGACCAUCAGCACAACAUCGCAACAGAUCAAAGAAACAGCAUCAGUCACUGCAGCAGAAUGAUAUGACACUGCCAAGGAAGGUCCGAACAUUGUUGGUGGCUGUAUCAUUUAGUGGAUUGUUCCUCCUGUCCAUGGCGCCACACCAAGAGGCACGAUUCCUAUUGCCACUACUCUUCCCAUUGGCCACCUUAUCGACGCGAUACUUCUAUGCGCGCACCCUGUCCUCGCGAUCACUGGCAGUACUCUGGGUCCUAUUCAAUAUUGCGAUCACCAUCUUUUUUGGAUACAUUCAUCAGGCUGGAGUGGUACCAUCACUAAUACAUCUACAAAAGGAUGUUCAACAACAUCAACAACAACAACACUUGGACAUUGUUUAUCUUCAAACAUACAUGCCACCUCAACAUUUAUUGACAUUGCAGUUGGACAACCCAUUGUAUAAGAAUAUAAGAGUUAUUGAUCAGAGAGGUGGAGUCGAACAAUUGAAGGAAUACUUGGAGGACAAGAACACAUCUUCGACAACAAGCUAUGUCCUGUCGCCACUUCCCAACAUACAUCAACUAGACAUCCUUGGAAAGACAUGCCACAACAUCAACUCAUUCUGGCCACACCUCACAACAGAAUCCCCGCCACAAUCAUUGGACCAAAUGCGUCUCUAUCUAGUAAUAGAGAGUCACUUUCCACCAAAACAUAUGUUUGACGAAGAGACAAAGUCUGUGGCAUAG